GGCGGUGCAAGGGGGCGGGGCCGUACGUCGUGACGUCAUGUGGCCAGGAGGAGGUGACUUGCUUCUGCGAGGGGCAGGUGGCGCGCGGCGGCAGGUGAAGCGGGCGGCAUUUCGGAAGCCCAACAGGGGGCGCUCUGAGGGGUUAAGGAAGAGUAUCUAGAAGGGCCCACGAUGCCUGGGAUGGUCAUGUUUGGGAGGCGCUGGGCCAUCGGCAGUGAUGACUUUGUCUUUCCAGGAGCCUUUGAGCUCUUCAUCAGAAUGAUCUGGUGGAUUGGGAUUUUGGUGUUGUAUGCUAUUCACAAAGGACAAUUUAACUGCAAUGGAGGAGUGCUGUUGCACAGUUACCUUCUCGUCCUCCUUUUUCUCCUGGCAGCCGUAAUAUGUGCUCUAUCUUCUAUUUUGUACAUCAGCAUGCAAGGAACAAUUUCCAAUCCUGGGCCAAGGAAGUCUCUUCCAAAAUUGCUGUACCUGCGCCUCGGUCUUUUUUUGCCCGAACUUGUCUGGGCUGUUGUGGGUGCUGUCUGGGUAUCGGAUGGCAGAAUAAACUGUGAAAAGACGAUGAUCAGCGCUAUAUUUGGAACAGUCAUUGCCAGCUGGGUGAUCAUUGUCUUCACUGUGGUGGCCAUUGUGGUUGUCUUUGAUCCUCUUGGUGGGAAGAAGAUGCUGUACGUGGCUCACUGCCCCAACCGCAACCUGGAGAGCAGUCAGUCGGACCAACUCUUUUACAAUGUCAAGAAGACAGCAACUCGCGUCUGGGAGAAAAGAAUCCGGUUGCUGUGUUGCUGCAUCGUGCAGGACGAUGACCACCGAGUGGCUUUUACAAGCAUUGCAGAGCUUUUCCGAAGCUACUUUGCAGACACUGACUUGGUGCCUAGCGAUGUGGCAGCAGGCCUGACCCUGCUUCACCAGGAGCAAGAUAAAGUGGAAAACUGUCCUAAAGAGCCUGAUGAUGUUCUCACCCAGUCGCCACUGUCUCCUGUGGCAAAUGAUUUGGACGAAGAACUGGAAAAUGCUGCUCAUUAUAUGAAGUUUGCUGCAGCUACCUAUGGUUGGCCCUACUAUAUCAUGACAAACCCCUUUACAGGACUCUGUAAGCUUAAAGGUGACUGCUGCAGAAGGAGCCCAGUAGAGACUGAUAUCAUCGGCGAUGACCGUUUCAACAUGCAUUUUGGAUCCAUCUUAAAAAUGACAGGGCUGCAAUACAGAGAUUUCAUUCACAUGAGCUUUCACAAUAAGAUUUAUGAGAUACCGUUCUUCGUUGCUUUGGAUCACAAAAAAGAGGCCAUUGUCGUAGCUGUGAGAGGAACCUUGUCAUUUGAGGAUGUCCUCACAGACCUGUCAGCAGAUUGUGAAAAUUUAACUUUAGAAGAUGUCCUGGAAAACGGUCUGGUACAUAAGGGAAUCACCCAGGCUGCCAACUACAUUUACCAGAGACUAAUCAAUGAUGGCAUUUUGAACCAAGCCUUCACCAUCGCUCCUGAAUAUAAACUGGUUGUCGUGGGGCACAGUUUAGGAGGAGGAACGGCCUCCAUCUUGGCGAUCAUGCUCAAAAACGCUUUCCCAAACCUGAAGUGUUAUGCUUUUUCUCCACCAGGAGGUCUGUUGAGUAAAUCACUUGCGGACUACUCUAAGCAGUUCAUUAUUUCAAUCAUUCUUGGAAAAGACGUUGUUCCAAGGUUAAGUAUGCCCAACAUGGAAGACCUGAAGAGAAGAAUCAUUAGAAUCGUGGCCAAUUGUAACAGACCCAAGUACCAGAUCUUGCUGCAUGGCUGUUGGUACGAAGUGUUUGGAGGGGAACCGGAUAACUUUCCCACCGAACUGGACGGCCGGAAUGAGUUGGCUUUGGCCCAGCCUCUCCUGGCCGAAGAGAGCCUCAUGGUCCACCGGUCACCUUCUUACAACAGCCUGGAUGACGACUCACCUUUAAACUCUCCUCCGCAGUAUCCUCACCUGUUUCUUCCUGGGAGAAUCAUUCACAUUGUGGAGGAAAACAGCACAAGAAGGUGGUGCUCUUCAGACGUCAGGUACACUGCCAACUGGUCAAAAGAAACUGCCUUUGGUAACAUUUUAAUCAGCCCCAAGAUGUUGACAGAUCACAUGCCGGAUGUCGUCCUCAAAGCCCUCGACAGUCUUAUUCAAGCCAACACGUCUUUCCUUUCCUGUCAAGCACAAGGAGACUCCUCCGUGAACAUUGUAUAACUGUAGACUUAGGGAAACAGCGGCCAUGUAUCUGUUUGCGAGAGCAGCAGCCCCUCUGUCCUGAAAUCAUGACUGGCAUAGAGGUUGAUGCUGUUUUUAUAACUCCUGGAUGAUGAGCACACAACACACUUCACGCUGCGGCCGUCAUUCUGGGCUGUUUAAUGUAUCAUGUCAUUUUGAAGGUGGCACCCUUCGGUUUCACUGGAGCAAAGGAGCCAAUUGUGGAUUUUAAGCAUAAUCCAGAGCUCUGCAGGAGUGAAUUUGAUGAGCAGGGAGAUAGAAGAGAGUGGCUACGGUGGACUUCGCUUUGGGAUAGUAGUGACGCGGAAGGCAUUGGGCCUCCUUUCAUUUGUGCUUGCCUGAUAGAACUGGACAGACCUGCAGGUUUUAGAAGCACUUGUCAACUCGGAAAUAAAAACCACUAGCAGGAAAUGAACAUUUAAGUUCAAGACAACUCUAUCGACUGCCUGGAUAGACACAAAGGUCCCAGCAAGGUGAGCUGGGCUUUGCGCCUUUCAUUGCACUACCAUGGAUGUCAGAAAUAUUUGGUUUACUUUCCUGCUUAACGAAUACUUAGGAUACAUAUGCAAUAUUUGUUCUCUUUGUUUACAGGUUUUCAGCCCUGAUAAAUACAUAUUUAAUUUUUAAAGGGUUGAAACCCCAUAUUCUAAGCAAGGACAUGUUUCGUGAGGAAAACCCCGAAGAGUUGUCCGAGCAGCUUAGUCUAAUCCAGUGUUUCUCAACCUUCCUUAUGCCACGACCCCUUCAUACAGUUCCUCAUGUUGUGAUGACUCCCAACCAUCAAAUUAUUUUCAUUGCUACUUCAUAACUGUAAUUUUACUACUGCUAUGAAUCAUAAUGGAAAUAUGCGAUAUGCAGGAUGUAUUUUCAUUCACUGAACCAAAUUUGGCACAAAAACCCGAUACGCCCAAAUUUGAAUUCUGGUGGGGUUGAGGGGGAUUGAUUUUGCCAUUUGAGAAUUGUUGGGAUUUAUAGUUGACCUACAAUCAAAGAGCAUUCUGAACUCCACCAAUGAUGAAAUUGAACCAAACUUGGCACACAAAACUCCCAUGGCCAACAGAAAAUACUGGGAAGGGUUUGGUUGGUAUUGACCUUGAGUUUGGGAGUUGUAGUUCACCUACAUCCAGAGAGCACUGUGGACUCAAACAAUGAUGGAUCUGGACCAAACUUGGCACGAAUACUCAAUAUGCCCCAACUGGUAGAGUUUGGGGAAAACAGACCUUGACAUUUGGGAGUUGUAAUUGCUAGGAUUUAUAGUUCAUCUACAAUCAAACAGCAUUCUGAAUCCAACCAAUGAUAGAAUUGGGCCAAAAUUCCCACACAGAACCCCAUGAUCAACAGAAAAUACUGUGUUUUCGGAUGGUCUUUGGUGACCCCUAUGAUACCCCUCAUCACCCCCCCCCCCCAAGAGGUCGCAACUCCCAGGUUCAGAAACACUGGUCUGAUCAAAACCUUGGUUGUAAAAGCAUUUCACACCCUUGUACAGUGAAAAUGUGUGUGUGUGUACAGGAAACAAUGAAGGUUAUUUAUUACUGAGACUAAGCCAUUUUGUGUUAGUGUUGGAACUAUGGUGUGAUAAAAUUUUCAUACGA